UCCUGGUUUGACGUACAUCCAUACGUCACGCAGCCAGUGUCUGCAGUGCCUGGUGGAGGUACCCCGUGUCAGCGAGACUUCACAUCACUCUCUGAUCACUCUGCGGUAAGAAAUGAAACGUCAUAUGAAGAUGUUUGUUAAAGUGGUCGGUAUAAUAGGCUAAACCCAUGAUUAAAAGUGCAGGACGAAUAAAUGGGGUACCACAUUUGCAGAACUUGAUAUAGGGUCAGGAGGAUGAGCCGGCUGGUGAAAUGCGGCAUCUAGUGUCUUUUAAAAGGACAUUAAAAGUUUAAAACGUUUCCACUUUCCUUGUCAUUCCCGAUAUAUGUCAGUGAGAUAGUAAUUUCUGAGCAUAUUUUAAUUCUCUUACUUACAAAGUAAGCAUUACAGCUUGUGCGUAAAGUUUGUUUUGGUGGAGCAGAAAAUGAAGCCCACCACUAGCGUCGCUGCAGACCCUCCAUCAUCGUCAGACAAUAGCGCAGGGAGGAGGAAGAGGAGGCAGCAGCACCGGGCUCCCUCACCGGCAACAGCCCAGGAACGGGCAACCAAGCGAGCUCAGAGACAGUCAGGCCGGUCCACAUCUCCUCUUACUGCGGGAAGGAGCAGAACCACCGGGGAGAAAGAGAGUCUGAGGUCUGCUGACGGAAGGGAGAGGGAGCCCGAGGGCCGCGGCGGGGCAGCAGCUGUUCACCCGGAUGGUGCUGAAGCUGGUGUAUUCGGGACAAACAGGGCGGAUGCUGUCGAGGAGGAUCCGAUAAAUUCAUCCGCACCGGCCCGUCGCAGCACGCUCCGCCUGCCCUGUUUUACAGCCGACGCCACUCAGCAUUUUCUCCCAUCUUCCUCUCCAGCGGAGGUCAGAGGGAGGAGAGCCGGAGAGGAGAACGAGAGAGCCGGUGUGUCGGUGGGCUGCGGCCCGGGCCUCGGUUUGGGUUUGUGGAGAGGAGGAUGCUUGCAGGCUGAAUUGAUCCAGUUUCAUCUUCAAAAGAGGCUGAAAAGACGCGGGGCGAAUAUGCAAACCAAAUCGGAUAACGUGGGGUCUGAAGAGGGGGCUGUGGGAGAACCGGAGCCGGUUGCAGAGGCGACAGAGGCGGGGUCCGUGACACAGCAGGACCAGGAGCAAGACCAGGCCUUUGAAGACGAGAUGGAGAGGCUAAUCGAUGAAAAUGAAGAUCUUAAGAUUGAAAUUGAGGAGAUGAGGGCUGAAAUGGAUGAGAUGCGAGACACGUUCUACGAGGAGGACACUUGUCAGCUGCAGGAGAUGAGACGUGAGCUGGAGAGGGCCAAUAAAAACUGCCGGAUCCUGCAGUACCGUCUGAGGAAGGCAGAGAGGAAGAGGCUGCGCUACGCCCAGACUGGAGAGAUCGAUGAGGAGCUGCUCAGGAGUCUGGAGCAGGACCUGAAGGUCGCAAAGGAUGUGUCUGUGAGACUGCACCAUGAGUUGGAAAAGGUGGAGGAGAAACGCACAAAGACAGAAGAUGAGAAUGAAAAACUGAGACAGAAGCUCAUAGAGGUGGAAGUGACCAAACAAGCCUUGCAGAAUGAACUAGACAAAACCAAAGAGUCUCAAAAGAGAAGAGGAAGCAAGGACGCCCAGAAGACGGAUAGAAAAUCUGCACAAACUCCUACAGAGGAGGACAAUGAGGACCUUAAGUGCCAACUAGCUUUUAUCAAAGAGGAAGCAGUGCUCAUGCGGAAGAAGACAGCCAAGAUUGACAAAGAGAAGGACCGUCUGGAGCAAGAGCUGCAAAAGUAUCGCUCUUUCUAUGGAGAACUGGACAGCACCCAUCCUAAAGGAGAGGCUGGGGGUCCUCCCACCACCCGCGAGUCAGAGCUGAAGCUACGGCUCCGUCUAGUGGAGGAGGAGGCCAACAUCCUGGGAAGGAAAAUAGUCGAAUUGGAGGUCGAGAACCGUGGCCUGAGGGCUGAGCUUGAUGACCUCCGUGGUGAAGGAGAGGGUGCUGGAGGCGAUGGGUGUGGAGCGAUGGGUGGGCCAGGUGCAGGUCGAGGCUUUGGUGAUGACCUAACAGAGCUUCGACAGCAGCUGCAGCUGGUGGAGGACGAGGCAGAGCUGCUGCGGAGGAACCUAGCUGAUGUUGAAGAUCAAAACAAGAGGGUGACUGGCGAGCUGAAUAAGUUACGGUUCAAAGCCGGGACCCACGAAGGAGGCGCCAGGCAUGGGGGAGGAGCAGGAGGGGGUGCAGGAGGUGGAGGAAUGGAUAGCGCUAAGGCUGAAGCCUUGCAGGAGGAGUUGAAAGCAGCAAGGCUACAGAUAAAUGACCUCAGUGGCAAGGUGAUGCAGCUGCAGUAUGAGAAUCGAGUACUUCUCUCCAACAUGCAGCGCUAUGACCUGGCGUCCCAUCUCUCCCUGCGGCCUAGCCCGCGAGACAGUGAUGCAGAGAGUGAUGCCGGAGGCGCAGCAAGUGGUCGCAGAGAGAGCGACGAGGACUCCACUUCCUCCCGUCUUCUCCCACCGCACCGCAAACGUGAGGGUCCAGUGGGUGGGGAAAGUGACUCCGAUGAGGUCAGAAACAAUAAUGGCAGCAGCCGCUGCAUGACGCCUACAAGAGGCCUCUACACCCCCCCUGGACCUGAGGGUGCCGCCUCCUCCGCCUUGGCCCGCUUCCUGCCCAGUGGACGGUGCAGUCUGCGCGACAGGCAGCAAAUGAUCGACAUACGAGUGGAAGCCGAGAGGCUGGUUCGGACCAUCGAUCGGCUCAUUGCUGAUACAGCCACAGUGAUCUCAGAGGCGAGGGUCUUCGUUUCAAAUGGUGACCUGAUGUUUGGUAGAGGGGAGGAGGGAGCGGAGGAUGAUGGGAGCAGGAUCAGGGAGCAUGAGCUGCUUUAUCGCAUUAACGCUCAAAUGAAGGCCUUCAGAAAAGAACUGCAGGCCUUCAUCGACAGACUGGAAGUGCCGAGGCUUGAGGACAGGGAGUCAGACGAGCCGCUGUCUAUGUUCCAGCCGAUCAUUUUGCUCAUCCUCAUACUUGUUUUGUUCUCAUCCCUCUCUUACGCCACCAUCUUUAAACUAGUCUUUCUUUUUACUCUUUUCUUUGUCCUGUGAUGUAUGCCUCCCUUAAUUCACGUCAUCCCUUGUUUGUUUUUUGCUCUUUUUUUUUUUUCUUUCCUGCAUCCUUUGUUGCCAAGGUAACCAAAAGCACAGGAAAAGCUCAGCACUUGCCAAGAUUGCAGUCACAGUCAAGACUGAUUGGCUAGAUUCAACACUGGAGUCUACAUUAUCCCUAACACAUCACUGACAGCAUCCAUUCCUCAAGAAGAACAACACUUGCUGUACCAUCCUGCUGUUGUUCGCUCAAGUGUUUCCAGGCUAUUGAUCCUUCUGCCCUGACUGGCAACCAGACGCUGUUCUCUGACAAAAGAGGGAAACAGGAGUAAGGAGAAAUCGCCAUAAAGGCCUGCUGUUAUCGAGUGGUCCACGUCAUGGCAGCCAUUGAUUUGGAGCGUGGGCUGGAACACGGUGGUCGGGGCUGGGGGGCAGAAAGGCCUGAGCUGAUGGACAACUUUGAUUCAGAGAUGCAGGAGUGGGAGGACCAGCUGCAGGACAUCCAGAAGAAAAUCGAAGAGUUGUACAAUGAAGUUCAGGCCCGCAGAGGAGCAAACGACAUCUCUACUGACAACCCCAAAAAUGGAGGCGAGUUGGAUUGUGGCCUAGGGCACCAUGGCAACAGCGUCUUUGUGCCUGGCCAUCACCACAACAAUCCUACUGGCGCUAUAAACGUACCACAUCACUACAGUGAUGCCUGUAACUACAGCCCCGAUGGGUACAACUACCCUGUGAGGCAUCAUAACAGCUACCCUUACUGCCACUCCAAUGGCGUAUCAGAGAUCGGAGACUUAUUGCAGGAUUAUUUGGGGCAGGGGAAGCAAGUGAGCCGGAAGAACAAUGGAGCUCGCCAUGUGCGCUUCAGUGACACAAUCAAGGUGAGCCCGGACAGCCCAUCAAACAAGAAUGAAAUAAGAAGAAGUCCUGGGAAUGAAAGACUUGGUCAAGAGCAGUUUUUGGGCAGUUUUGAAGAGACUCAAAACAGGAAGAACCAAAUGUCCAAAGUAAAGUGCUCCUCCCACAGAGAGAGUUCUCCUAACAAAGAAAACACUGGUAACAAGCCACCUCUUGGACAAAGGGAUGCUCCUGCCAUGCAAGCACGCUCACUGCUUGCAACCACAGCCGCUGAAUCUCCUGCUUUGGACAGGAAGUCAUUCAGUGUUGGGGCUCUGGGAGACAGGAAGUCCAGCAGCCCCUCUGUUCUCAGGAAAUUUGGAGCCAUGCUUCAAGAAAAUGAGGGCAAAACGCUCACCGAAUCUGGGGUGGUAACCCAUCAGGGUCUGGAGCCAAAGUGCCCCACCCCUGGCUGUCAGCGCAGAGCUGUAGGAGCCUCUGCAGUAGCCGGCAGGGCGCCCGUGCGUGUGCCUAACCAGAAAUGCCAAGCAGAUUCCGACGUGCUGACAGCCGAGGUAGAGCCCAGCCAAGAAUGGGGGUCAGUAUCAGACUGUGGUAGACAGAAUCACAAAGAUCACAGAGGAUGCUACAGCAGUUCUAAGGGACCUCACACAAGUCCCCAGCUGUCCCACAGGAGAUCACAGGUGGCUGGAAGCCCAAAGAUAAGACCCAGGGCUAACAGUGAGGCAGAUAGAGAUGGAGGACUGAUUCAAGCAGAGAGAUCAAGGAAGCCUUUGCCCCAACCUCUGGAGCCCAAAAUGGACUACAGGGUCUCAAGUGUAUCCACAGGAGCCCAGAGGAUCCAGAGGGGUGGGUUAGCAGGACAGGAUGUGCCAGGUUGUGGUCAAGUGGGGGAUGAAGGACUUAUUCAGCUGCUGGACAUGCUCGAAAUCCAUCAUGAGUACAGCUCCAGUCCCAGAGCAGGACAUACUGGUUAUAGACAAGAUCCACAGCAGACAAACCCAGCUGAACUACCCACAGACGAACCUCAGAAGACUUUCUCUCGCCCUGCGCGGCCAGCCAACCAGCGACCACCCUCCAGAUGGGCAAGCCGGGCACCCACUGCCAGAAUCACCGCCCCAUCAGGUCCUAUGUAUCGUCCCCCAAGCCCCCUCACUCGCACUCCUAGCCCCAAGGCCAGAACCCAGAGUCCUGCUCUGAAGCCCCGGCCUCUCAUAUCCUAUUCUCCCCAGACUGAAACUGUCAUUAUGUAAUGCCUUUCCAUUUUAUCAAUGCUUCCCUUCCUCUGGGAAAAUGCUCUUUGUGUAAAUAGUUAAGACUUUUAUGUUGAACAAAAUUGUGUAAGAGAUGCCAUGUUUGCUGCGAGGUUUAAGAUAAAAUGUUUCAAGAUAAAACACAUCAAAAACAUUCUCCAGUGUUGCUGUGGCUUUUGCUUCUUCUGUGCCAAACCUUUGCCAACACAUCAGCAUUUGCUUUGUUGCAGUUCAGUGAGAUUAUCCACUGCUCCUCUUUGUAUUAAAGUUCUUUUUUUUUUCUGUAUUAUGAGAUUUUGCAUGCAGCCCUAGUUUGAGGGUGCAUGCUCAUGUGCUUAACCUUAUUGCGGUCAUGUUGAAUUAAAUUCAACCUGGCUGGCUGUUGAGGAAAAUGAAGCCGCCACCGUGCUCCCAGCAGCAACCUGCUAUCCGUCAACAACAGUGUGUUUUACUGUAUUAUAUUGUCCAAGUAAUAUAUUUAAGAUGUUCAAAUAACAGCUGUGACAAAUGACUAUAAUAUGCCUUUAAUGUAUUUUUUUCUUGGUAAUAAAUAUGAAAGUGCUUUGA